UCACUGUUCUCCAGAGGAUUUUAUUGAUCACUGUUGGAUUUACCUCAUUAUUCCUCCAUCAGGACUUUCUUGUUUUUAGCCGUGAGCUGCAAGAUUUUGUGGUUAACACUUUACAAACAGCGUAUUGCUCCAGGACCCAGUUUUUUUUUGUUUUGUUUUUUGUUUUUAUUAUAACAACUCUGGAAAUCAUGAGUGCGUGCAGCAGGAAGGCUCUGACUUUACUCAGCAGUGUCUUUGCAAUCAGCGGCCUGGGGCUGCUGGGAGUGGCGGUGAGCACAGAUUACUGGCUCUACCUGGAGGAGGGAGUCAUCAUGCCUCUGAACCAGACGGCUGACAUCAAGACGUCACUGCACUCAGGUCUCUGGAGGGUCUGCUUUCUGGCUGGUGAGGAAUCUGGCCGCUGCUUCACCAUUGAGUACAUGAUGCCAACGAGUCUCCAUCUGACGUCAGAGUCCACAGGAAAUGUACUCAAGAUGAUCCGCUCAUCGACUCCAUUCCCUCUGGUCAGCCUCUUCUUCAUGUUCAUCGGUUUUGUCCUCAACAACAUCGGACAUGUCCGUCCUCACCGCACCAUCCUGGCGUUUGUCUCAGGAAUCUUCUUUAUCCUUUCUGGGCUGGCUCUAGUGGUGGGUCUGGUAUUGUACAUCUCCAGCAUAAAUGAUGAGAUGCUGAACAGAACAAAGAGCAGUGAGGUCUACUUCUCCUACAAAUAUGGCUGGUCUUUCGCCUUCGCUGCCCUCUCCUUCCUGCUCACUGAGAGUGCGGGAGUGAUGUCUGUCUACCUGUUCAUGAAGCGCUACACAGCAGAGGAGAUCUACCAGGCUCGCCGCCCCAAUUUCUACCGGCCUCGGCUCAGCAACUGCUCUGACCACUCCGGUCAGUUCCUCCACCCAGAGUCCUGGUCGCGUGGACGAAGCCCCUCUGACAUUUCAAGCGACGCGUCACUGCAGAUGAGCGCCAGCUACCCUGCUCUCCUCAAAUGUCCCAACUAUGACCAGGUGUCAUCUUCACCUUGCUGAGUCAUCAGAGGUCGAUAAAAGGUCACUGAGCAAUCUCUUAGUCAAAUAGCAAAGUGAAAUAAAGACGUUUCGUUAUAUCGAAAAGAGACCAGCCAAAUAAGUGAGUGCUAUUGGUCAGAAGACUUGAGUUGAGUUAAUUCCUACCAGGAAAAAAAUAUAUAUUUCUUUGUAAAUACCGUAGUCACAGUAUGUUUGCAGCUUAAAAGCAAAAGUUUUAGUUUCGUUAGGAUCUUAUAUGACGGACCAGGGUUUUCGAUCCAAAGAGCCAUUUUUACAUUCAGUCAUGCUAAUUAAAAUUUAUUUAGAGCCACAAAUACUGAAUAUUACUGAAUAUAGCUAAUUAAUUUAAAGAGCCACGAUUUUACUUCUAUUUUUAGGUUUUACAGUUAGGAAAAGCAACUUUCCAACUUUAAUGAGGUGUUGACAUUUGCAAAAAAUUAAUUAGAAAAAAGCACAAGGUUUCCAACUUAAUGACAAGAAAAAUACAUCUAAAUGUAUCAUUACUAGAACCUUUAGUUUCAGUCUGUUGUGGAAAUCAAUGCAAUUAUUCCAUGAAAAAACCUGCUAAAACCUGCAUUUGUUGUUACAUCUACAUCUAAAAACAUUAGUUCGUUGUAACAUUAAUUGAAAACUCGAUCUAGUGACCAAUGUUGAAGGCAACUAGAUAAGAAGAAAACCAGAUGACUCUUCUCUCUUGGCUACUCAAACACCAUUGAGAAUCUAAGGUGUCUGAGAGCCAUAUUUUUUCCUUCCAAUUCAAAGAAUGACCUUUUUUGGUCCACAAUGGAAAACUCAAUAAAACAUAAUAAAGCUUGAGAUUGUAAGGUGACAAAAUAUGAAAAUGUUUGAGAGUUAAUUCCUUUUCAAAGUACAUAGUCCUUUGAUUAUAUUUUAGAAGUCUAUUGUUCAAGGAGUUAGCUUCGGUCAGCUAUGUCCAAAAAUAUAUAUCACAAUACUGCAGCAUCCAGUUGUUGCAGAAUAUUAGCAUUUAUUUUACUUUUUCCAUUAGGGAAAAUGAUCUUUGUCCUGGAGACCUGUAUGUCCUAAAAUUUGUGUUAAAUUUGAUUAUUCAAGUUUCUGUUUUUAUUUGAUUGUGCAAUCAAAUUACAUUCUGUAUCAGAAGUAUGUGUGGUAUAUUAACAGAUAUUACUAGGGUUUUUUGUGUGGUGUUAUUUGCAAGGUCAAGUAUUCCCCAUUUCAAACAGGAAGCAGCAAUAUGUUGGCAAACAUUUCAGUCCUGGAAAAUGAUAGAAGUCUGUUUUGGAUAGAUUAAGCAUUUGAAUAACAUAUGUUGGAAAUCAGAACAAGAAUAGAUGUUAAUAACUGAAUAUUGUCCAUUGUAUAACUAUUUUUGUGAUAAAAGUGUGUAGCACACUAAAUCACCAGGGUAAUAAAUAAUUUUAGCCCAACAGUCGUCUAUAUUCUUGAGAAUUAACAGGUGUAAUUUACACUUCAGCCACUAGGUUACACAUUUGACAUUGUUAGAGUGAGUACUCGUUUCAAUGCCAUGAACGCUUAGUUAACUUUUUUGGCAAAAAAGGGGGAGGAAAAGUCCUAUCAAUUAGUUUUUAUCACAGUCCUAAACUUCAACUCUAAAAUGGUUUGAUUAGUGAAUCAUUCAGGAUCUCUGACUGUAGCAACUGUGAUCUUCUACAAUAAGAAUAACAGAAAUUGCAAAUGAUUGUGGGAAUGAUUGCGAAUGAUAUGGCAUGAUUUUUGCAUAAUCAUGCCAUAGUUUUUGCAAGAGAUAGAAAUUAUAAUCUUAGAAGGUUAAAUUGUGAUUUGGGUUGAAUCUGAUUGUUUUCUGUGUGCCUGUUUUUCUUUGUUCUUAGUCCUUUCCAGUCAAUUAGGGCAAAAAAUAUAGA